GAGCGCGCGCGCGGAGCCUUCUGGGGGGAAAAAUAGCACCGCCGGCCUUGCUCGGGCGGUUUGAACUUGGCGGGCCUGAUGCGGGCGGCAGGACCGUGGCGGGCCGCCUCUCCCGCUCCGUGCACCCGCUACCUUGCCCGCUGCAAGCCGGGCUUCCGGCCCUCCUCGAGCUUUGUCGUCGACCUCGUAGUGGAUCCCCGGGAUCCAGGGCUGGAGGAUGUGACGUUGACCGAGUGCUUGUCGCCGCCGCAUCUGAGCUGCAGCAACUCCACCCUGUCCCUGUUGUCUCCCCUUGGCCACCAGAGCUUCCCGUUUGGCGCGGACGACAGUGAGGGGGAGGAUGAAGAGUCUCUGUACGAAGAUGCCCGUGAGUCAGAGGCCAAGGUGGAAAGCUUGGAAGGAAUAGAGUUACAGGGGCACUCCAGUUGUGAAGUUGAGUCCCAGGACAAACAAGAACAGAAGCCGGUGCUAUUACAGGACAGCAGUCUGACACCAUGGGAGAUGUGGUUUGUUGGCAAAGAGAAAGAAGAGCGUGGCCGGCUACAACAGAAGGUUUUGGAGGAAUUAAAUCAGCAAAUAGAAAAAAGAAAAGAAAUGGAAGAACGUGAAAAAAGGAAGAUAAUCGCUGAAGUAAAGCACAAGGAAUGGGUUCAAAAGAAAAAUGAGCAGGAAAGGAAAGAAAGAGAACAAAAAAUUAAUAAGGAAAUGGAAGAAAAAGCAGCAAAAAAACGGGAGAAAGAACAUUUGCAAGAAAAAGCAAAAGAAAAAUAUCAGGAGUGGUUGAAGAAAAAAAAAGCUGAAGAAUGUGAGAAGAAGAAAAAAGAGAAGGGAAUUCUUUGGUCUUAUCAUUUUAAGGAAAAAGAAAAGCAACGGCAAGCGGAAUUACAGGAGAAAAAGGAAAUCGCAGAAAAAAAGUUUAAAGAAUGGUUGGAAAAUGCAAAAAAUAAACCUCGUCCAGCUGCAAAAAGCUAUGGUUACUCCAGUGGAAAGCUCACAGGUUUUUACAGUGGAAAUUCCUACCCAGAGCCAACUUUUUAUAACCCAAUUCCAUGGAAGCCAAUUCAUAUGCCUCCUCCUAAGGAAACUAAGAGUGGACCAGGAAAAAAGAGUAAACGACCUGCAGCGAGUCAGCCACUCACAUCGCCAUCCCUGGCAGUUCAUAAUGCCAGGAGCAGCCUUUGCCUUGGAGCUCUGUGCCGCGUACAGAGAUAGUGUGUGCACAGAGCGUACCUAGCUACCUGCAACUUACAUUUAAAAUCUGAAUAUUUUUCUUAACAUGUCUUAAUCAGUAAGUCAACAUUUAAUGUGAUAAAUGACAGGUAUCAAAAUUUAAAUUUGUAUGUGGAAUCCUUAGAGUUAAAGAUAGUUUUUACAUUUUGGUUUUUAUAAAAGAUUAAGCUUGAUCUAAUGAUUGCAUUUUAGUUUUUAUUAAAACUCAUUGUAAUAUCAAUAAAUGAACAGUCUUUCUUGUGUUCUUUUGUACUGUUAUUUGCUGUGUUGUGUAUACAUAAGAAACAUAAGAUUAAUUUGUUUAAACAGGCAUUUCUAAACCUUACUUGAAUGGGUUAGAAACCAAAAGAAAUAAAUUCCAGUGUUUGCAA